AUGCAGCAGGUUUAUAGUCAGGGCCUGAUGAUAGGCUUGGGUGUUGCCUUCAUUGUCCUGCCCACCAUUUUUGUCGGGUUGCGAUUAUGGGCGAGAUAUCUCAAGGUAAAGUCGCUACAAGCGGAUGACUAUCUAUGCUUGGGAGCGCUGGCGAUUGGCAUAGUAUGUUCGGCCUUACAACUGUAUGCUGCUAUUGGGGGACAAUUAGGCCAGCAUCAAGUUGUUGACCCUAAUGGACAGCCGAUUCUGGACGACCCCCGUUUCCUAGUCUAUGAAAAUACCAAAUUCGCCGUUAAUAUCUUGAGUGUUGUCGGCUUAGGACUUGUCAAAGCCUCGAUUCUCAUCUUUUACAAAAACAUAUUUUCUGUUCGCCCGUUCCGAAUAGCUGUUUAUGUAAUGCUUGGCAUUGUCAUCGCUUGGACGGUGUCGUACUUUUUUGCCAAUCUGUUUACAUGCUACCCAAUCACAUCCCUCAUCGAGCCCUUCUACGGCAACAAAUGCAUCGAUGCUGUGCCAAUGUGGCUCUCAGUUGUUGCCACGGACCUAAUUGUCGAUGUUGGAAUCUUGAUCAUGCCGGUUCCCAUGGUCUUGCGUCUCCAGCUUCCUUGGCGAGAGAGACUGGGAGUGCUUGGCAUGUUUUCUCUUGGUGCCACUGUUUGUGCCAUUAGUGCUACUCGGCUUGCCACGUUGGUGCAGAUUGCUGCUGAGUUUCAAUACCAUUACAAUGAUGAAACAUACUAUACAUCUCCCGUGUUUUAUUGGACAAACAUCGAAAUGGCCAUUGCUGUUGUGUCCGCUUGUCUGCCGACAUUACGACCAAUCUGGCUGCAUUUUUACCCCCGACAUCCAAAACCCUCAAUCCAUUCAUUCUCGCUCGGGUCACGGCAGACAAACAAAUACACUGAGGUAUCUGGAAUUGGGAUGAAGCCUCUUUACAAUAGUAGCCCGUCUAGUAGCGAUUUCUGCCGUCAGCUUUCCGCCAUGAAGCUUGUCCAUCUGCUCUCGUCUUUCUUCGCUCUGGCAGAGUGCGCAUUUGCCGACACGACUGGCAAUGUUGUUCACCUGGCGGCCAGACAAUUGAGCGCCGAUCUCUCUUUAAGUCUUUCGCGCGACAGCUUGAUUUCUGUCGAAGCGCCACCGCGAUGGAGUUCUUUCAAGGCGCCACAUCCGGCAGUUGUUGUCAAUGUUGGUAAUGAGUUGGACGUCGCUCUCACGGUUCAAUACUGUACCUUGAAAGGUAUUCCCUUCCUUGCUCAAAAUGGUGGCAAUGGAUGGGCAACAACAUUUGACCUGGGCCAAAAUGGCGUCUUGAUCAACCUCGCACGCCUGAACCAGGUGGUUUUCAACGCAGACAAAACUCGAGCUACCAUCGGAGGAGGAUCAAGCAUUAACAACACCAUAAGCAAAGCAUAUGCCGCAGGGGCUCUUAUUGGAACAGGCAACUGCAACUGUGUCGGCACGCUUGGGGCUAUGCUAGGCGGCGGUUUUGGCAAUCUCAUGGGGUUGCACGGAUUUGGGGUCGAUAACAUCGUCUCAAUCCGUGUCGUCACUGCGGACGGGUUGCUACGUGAUGUGACCGCUGCUUCUGAUCCAGAUCUGUUCUGGGGAUUGCGAGGCGCCGGCCCAAAUCUGGGCAUUGUGACUUCUGCCGUCAUCAAGUCAUAUCCUGCCUCUCAAAGUGACAUGCAAGCUUGGACAGGGCCAUUGAUCUUCAGCACAGACAAGCUAGAGGCUGUUGUGCAAGCGAUCCAAGACAUUGACCUGAGACCGGAAAUGAAUGUUUUCUUGUACUUCAUCUCUGGAGGGCCACCAAAGAACGAGCCUGUCAUUAUGGUUGUCCCGUUUCUUCACAAGGGUAGCCCGGAAUCAGGUCGUUCUGCCUUUGCCAGGCUAUAUGCCCUCAAACCAGUGGCAGACAACACAGCUAUCAUUCCGUACAUUAAAUGGAAUUCUGGAGGAGACAUUUUCUGUCAGCGGGGAGCACGUAAGCCGUCCUAUAGCGCUGGUUUUCAAAAGAUGGUACCGAAGGUAUGGCGUCAAAUCUGGGACAAGUACGUCGAGUUCCAGAAGCAACCUACAGCACAAAGUAGUGUUAUACUGCUUGAGGCAUACUCCUUGACCAAGGCUAGGUCAGUGGAUGCUCACUCGGCUUCUUUCCCUCACCGAAAUGUCAACUUCAAUGCUGUGGCUAUCCCGUGGUACAGCGACACAGCCCUAGACGGCUCGGCUCAGGCAUUUGGCCGAGCUGUGAGAGACUUAUGGAGAGGCGCAGAUGAGCUUCGUCGGAACUCUACGUAUGUCAAUUUUGCCCAUGGAGACGAAGCUCUGGAAGUUGUUUAUGGAGACAACCUGGCUAGGCUUCAAUCUGUUAAGGCGAAAUUUGAUCCCAAGAAUUCUUUCAAUCAAUGGUUUGAUGUCAACAAAAAAUAG